AUGACUGAUGAUUCUGUCAUUUACAACCCGGAGUUCCAGUCUUUCCUUUUGCAUCACAAGGAGUCGGUAAAGAUGCAUUUGCCAAUGCAGAUUGGCGGGUUUACGGACUACAUGUGCUCACUGGAACAUUACACUCUGUUGCAAUUUUCCCACCCCUCCGUCUUAUUUUGGGCUGAUGCCGGAACUGAUACUGUCUCGUCUGGUUCAGAGCGCGCGAGUGGCCGGUACCAACAUUUCGCCUAA